AUGCCAACACCCACUGGUGUGAAGGCGGUGCAAUGCUUCAUUGAAUUUGUGAUGUACCUUGCCAAAUUCCUGCCAAAGCUCUCAGAGGUCUUUGAAAAGAAGGAGCCUCGUUUAAUUCGCAAGCGCACCUCCUUGCAUUCGACUCGCCCUUGUGAUUCAGCGGAAGGAGGCAGCAAGAUGCGAAAUGCUCCCUCGGCUGAUGAGCUGCGCAAGAACGGUCCUCCGAAUGACACCACAUACCAGGACAAUUUGGCCCAGCUGCAUUUGGACUCAGACAAAUGGAACAGCUACACCUUCUGGCUGGGCGUGACCCUCGCCGUGCUGUCGGCCUUUCUGAUUGGUGGGAGUGUGAUCCUUAAGAAGAGAGCCCUUAUCCGAUUGGCCUGCAAUGGGCAAACCAGAGCAGGUGAUGGUGGCCAUGGCUAUCUUAAGGACUGGCUAUGGUGGAGUGGCCUGCUAACCAUGGGUGCUGGGGAGGUGGCAAACUUUGCGGCUUAUGUAUUUGCCCCGGCCACGGUGGUGACUCCACUUGGUGCCCUUAGUGUCCUCAUCAGUGCAGUUCUGUCCUCCUGCCUGUUGGGGGAGACUCUGAAUAUCCUGGGGAAGUUGGGCUGUGUUCUGUGUGCCCUGGGCAGCACCCUCAUGGUCAUCCAUGCCCCGGAGGAAGAGGAAGUGACAUCGCUACAGCAAAUGACUGACAAGCUGUUGGAACCUGGUUUCCUUGUGUACACCACUGUACUCUUGCUGGGCUGUGUGACGCUCGUGUGGUACGCGUCUCCUCGUAUUGGACGGACUAACAUCCUAGUGUACAUCAGCAUCUGUUCCCUGCUGGGAGCUUUCACCGUCUCCUCCGUCAAAGGACUAGGCAUUGCUAUACGCACAGUCUUCUCUGAUGGCUCAGUCCUCCGUCAUCCCCUCACCUGGAUCCUUCUGAUCACUCUCAUUGUCUCCAUCAUAACACAGAUCAACUACCUAAACAAGUCUCUGGACACCUUCAACACCAUGCUAGUAUACCCCAUCUACUACGUCUUCUUCACCUCCGUGGUUCUCUCCACCUCCAUCAUCCUCUUCCAGGAGUGGAGAAGCAUGGCCGGUGUGGAUGUGGUUGGCGCUCUGGGAGCCUUCCUGGUUAUCGUUGUGGGUGUGGCCAUGCUCCACCUCUUCAAAGAGCUACAGGUGACCAUGGAACAACUGACCAGUCAGCUUUUUCAGAUGGAGGAGAGGGUGGGAGGAGGAGGGAGGCAUAAAAAAGAUGAUAAAUUUGGGCUGAUGGACAACAUGGUGAUAGAGAGCCUGCCUCCCAUGCGAGAGGAAGAGCCCAGAGUCUUCAUCAUAAGCUGA